AUGGCUCCAUCAGCCGUCAAUGGUGACGGAAACACUUCUGGCACGCAACUGAAGGCCACUGCUCCAGUAUUCCAUCCUUCCGGGACCUCAAAUCGUUCAAAAUAUCACGCAGCGACCUCUGCUGAAGCCAUUCAUGCCGAGCAUGAGUAUGCCGCUCACAACUACCACCCCUUGCCGGUCGUGUUUGCGAAGGCAUCUGGAACAACGGUGUGGGAUCCCGAGGGUCGACAAUAUCUCGACUUCCUCUCGGCAUACUCUGCCGUCAACCAAGGCCACUGCCACCCGGAAUUGGUCAAGGCUUUAGUAGAGCAAGCCUCCACAUUAACUCUGAGCUCCAGGGCAUUCUACAAUGAUGUCUUCCCGCGCUUUGCAGAAUUCGUCACCAAGUACUUUAACUUUGAUAUGGUUAUGCCCAUGAAUACCGGGGCCGAAGCCGUCGAGACCGCCAUCAAAAUCGCCAGGAAAUGGGGCUACAAGUCCAAGAAGAUCCCUCAAGGAGAAGCACUCGUUCUCUGUGUUGCAGAGAACUUCCACGGUCGAACUUUCUCCGCCAUUUCCAUGUCCACAGAUCCCGAGUCUCGUGAAAACUACGGACCUUACCUGCCAGGAGUUGGCAGCAUUUCCCCUGCCACCGGCGAAGUCAUUCCCUACAAUGACGUUGAGGCAGUGCGCAAGGCUUUUGAGUCCCAUGGGGACAAAAUUGCCGGGUUCCUCGUUGAGCCUAUCCAAGGCGAGGCCGGCAUUGUUGUUCCCAGCGACAACUACCUGUCCCAGAUCCGCGCGCUAUGCGACAAGCAUAAUGUCCUCCUGAUCUGUGACGAGAUUCAAACCGGCAUUGCCCGUACUGGUAGACUGCUCUGCCAUGAGUGGUCAGGCAUCAAGCCGGAUAUGGUGCUCCUAGGAAAAGCCAUCUCGGGCGGCAUGUAUCCUGUCUCAUGUGUCUUGGGACGCAAGGACGUGAUGCUCACUGUCGAACCUGGUACGCACGGGUCGACGUACGGUGGAAACCCAUUGGGUUGUGCGGUGGCCAUCCGUGCUCUCGAGGUCGUCCAGGAGGAGAAUAUGAUCGAGCGUGCUGAGAAACUAGGCCAUCUCUUCCGCGAUGGGCUCCGUGCUCUUGAUUCCCCACUCAUCACGACGAUCCGUGGCAAGGGUCUUCUCAACGCGAUUGUCAUUGAUGAAUCUAAGACGAACGGCCACAGCGCUUGGGAUUUGUGUAUGUUGAUGAAGGAGAAAGGUCUACUGGCUAAACCUACUCAUCAAAAUAUCAUCCGCCUGGCUCCACCGUUGGUCAUCACCGAAGAUGAGGUCAAGCGUGCUUUGCAAAUCAUCGGGGAGGCGGUCUCCGAGUUGCCCAAUCUCAAAGGCAAGAAGGAAGAAGAGAUUAUCCCUCCCGAGGAGAAGAAUGUCCAUAUUCAAGUCGAGAACUGA